UUUUUAAUUCCUCGCUAUUUAUAUUUGAUUGUUAUCGCAGAAAAAGCAGAAGCCAUUCUCUGGUUUUUUCUCUGUCACUCGCGAUCAUCUCUUUUCUAAUUCAUUUCAUCAGUCUGUUCUUCUAGGGGAAAUAGCAAUACAAAAUGCAGAGGGAAAGAGAAGGUAGAAAUGGUCUCUUUGAUAUGGGUGACCCAUUUGCUAUUUUCCAAGGUUUUGGUGGUUUUGGAUCCCACAGGAGUAUGAUGCCGAGCCUGUUUCGAGGAAGGGAUCCAUUUGAUGAUCCGUUCUUUACUCGUCCUUUCGGAUUUUCUGAACCUAGCAUGUUUGGUCAAAGAACUUCAUCCAGGAAUGCUCCACAGACCAAUGAAGCAAAGGGAAUAGUCAUUGAAGAACUAAAUUCUGAUGAAGAGGGAGAAAAAGAAGAAGAUAUAGGUUCUGGGGAUGAGAAAGAUAAUCAUAAAAUACGUUCUGGUUCAAGCAAAGAACCUUUUGUCGAGCAUCCAGAUGAUGUUGAUGCUGAUGAGAGGAAGAGUAAGAGUGUGAAUCAUAUAAACCAUCACAACAAGGUGGAAGGGACGCAGUCUCAGGCUCACAGUUCUAGUUUUCAGACUUGCAGAGUUACAUAUGGAGGUGUCGAUGGAGCAUAUUACACUUCUACAAGAACAAGAAGGGCUGGCAACGAUGGUAUGGUUCUCGAGGAGAGCAAAGAAGCGGAUACAACAACGGGUCAAGCAACACAUAGGAUUUCUAAAGGGAUUCAUGAUAAGGGCCAUUCUGUUACAAGGAAGCUUAAUGCAGAUGGUAAGGUGGAUGCAGUGCAAACUCUACACAAUUUGAAUGAAGAUGAGCUUGCUGGUUUUGAAGAAUCUUGGAGAGGGAAUGCAAAACCUGGUUGGAAUGAUGGAUUUAAUAGGCAUCAUAAUGCAGGUUCAAGCAGUGAUGACCAAAGUGGGAAGGCAACUUGGGGUGGCUGGAUGCUUCCAUCCACUAGGGGAGCCCGAAGUGCUGGAGAAAUGAUGGCAAAUAAGGAAGCCAGUAGUACUACUUCUGCUGGCAGAACUAAGAAGGUUGUUAGAAUUAAUAUAGAAUGAUUCAAGCGUCUCUAGUAGUUAUCAUCUGUAUGUAGUUAGUACUUGGCAUGGCAUUCGUUUUUCCCAAGAGUCUACCAUUGUUAUUAGGAUCUGUUGUAUGUCUGCUCGAGAUCGUUUAAAACUUCUGUUUAUUGUGCUCUGUAACAAUGUGUCUAUUGCCUUUGGGAUAAGAAAAUGAGCUGAUGAUUGUGCUUUGUGGUGGUGUUUGUUGUCGUACCAUUUCUGUCUUUUAUUCCCCUUAGUCUUGAUGACAAAAUUUGAGAGGAAUAAACAAGUACUAUUUUUCUUUGUCUU